AUGGCCCAGGAGGUAGAGGUAAGGGGUAACGCGGCGGAAAUAACGAAGCCCGAGAAAGCAGCAGGUGAACCGCCGUUGUCUUCAUCAAAGAUAGCGGAGGCAGUAGCAUCAGUAGCAGCGGGGGCGAUGGUCACAGAAGUCCUUCAGCUGGAUAAGACCGCUGCCAUCGAGCUGGACGAAGCUCCGCCGAACAGGGAAGAAGCGGAACCGAGCUCCGCUAACGGUAGCGAGAAAAUUCUCCUAGGAGAAGGGGCGGCGAGGGCGGGAGGGAUGCAGGCGCCGGAAAUCUCGAAACCCGCUCGCUCGUCCACGCGAAGGGCUGCGGUCAAGCUCGCAGAGGAGAGGAGGCUCAAGAAAGCGGCCAAGCGGAGGGAGACGCGGCAGCGCAAGAAGGACCGAAGGACCGAGGGCUCAAGACAGGAUGCCGCGGCGCGGCAGGACGCAAAGGCGGCCGUAAGGCAUCAGCACGACUUGGACAUGGCGAUCAAGGCCGUCGCUGCCUGGCAAAAAAGGCUAGCCGAGAUUCAGCGCAACGUGGCUGUGGGUCGCGCCAAACAGCAGGAGGGAGAAGGGGAACGCGAUAGGGCAACCGCCGCGAUCCAGGCGGCCUUGAUCAAGGCGGUGGCGCGCUGGCGGUGCCUCCGGCCUUACGCCGUACGGGCGAUGCAGGCCGAUAAAGCCGCCGCUGAGAGCAGGGCGCAACGCCGGGAGCGCGAGAGGGUAGGUGCCGCAGCGGCCGUGAUCCAAGCGGCCUGGAGGAGGCAGGCCGUUCGCUUGCGGUGCCGUCGAGCCUACGCCCACUGCACGGGCGAACGGGACCGGCGAAAGCGGGGUGCACGCGUCAUUGGCGCAGCCUGCUACGCGUACGGUGUGGCGAGGCGCACGGCGGAGCAGCCAAGCCCCGAGACGAAAUCAUCGGGAGAGAAGAGCACGGCGACCAAAUAUACCACCGCAGCGGAGUUAGUGGGCACGGCUGCAUUGGCAAAACGAGACGAGGGAGGGAAGGAGGGAAGUAUCACUGCCGUAGUAGUGGCAAAGCGAAAGGGAGUGGACGAGCUGCUGCUGGCGAAGGCUGAGCAUGCACUGAAGGAAGAUCGAGGUAGGGAUGCGGCGGCAGCGGAGCGGGAAUCGGCAGCCCCCGCGGAGACAAACGUGGCGAGGCCGGCGGAGACCCGACCCUCUUUGGAACCACCAACGCCCCGGCAGGAGCACAUCACCGCGGCUCCUUCUACCCCCCCUCCCGCGGGGCUGUCGACUUCCGAAGAGUCGUCGUCCGAGAGGGACCCGCCCCACCUCGACCACCACGUCCCUCACCCCCUGCAGCUGGUGGAGGGCAAGACUCUCAUGUACGACCCCAGGGAGUUCGACCUGUGGCCGCUCAUGUUCCAGCUGCAGGGCUGGUCUCUCGAGCUGGGCACCGCCGACGUGUGGGGCGGCGGAAUCGAGCGAGAGGCGGAGGCGUUCUCUGCGGCGUGCGGGUUCUCGGCGGCCUUCGGGCCGAUCGUGCUCAAGCUCGUCACCACCGCCGUCUACGGCAGGGUGUUCGCUGGGGGCGUGACCGUCUUGCCCAUGAACCACGUGCUGUACGCCUUCGGGCAGUAUUGGGAGAAGGAGAUCGGGCCUCGUGAUGCCACCGAGAGAUUCUUCAAGCUCGUCAAGAUCGACAGCGGCACCAGAGCCAGCAGCAGCGGCAGAAUCGGGAGGGAAGAGCUGCGGCAGUUCGUCCUCGCCAUCGCUUUGCGACACCCGGACCUCGACGCCCUUUCUCCAGAAAACAAAUUCAUCUACGUGGACACCGUGCUCACAAUUCUCUUCUACAAGUUCAGGGGAAAUGUGGAGCCGCCGAAGUCGCAACGCUCUGAUGCUGCUACAGCCGCAGCAAAGCCCGCCGCUAAGCCCGAAAAGGGACAGCAUAAGGCGAGGCGCGCUGGACAGAAUGCUGGUGCUUCCGCGGGCUUAGCAACCCCGUCGAGCACAAACAGCAGCAGCAUCGGCUCCUUCGGUCCUCUUGCCGACGGAGAUGAGAGCCAUGCGGACAACGACAGCAGUGAUGCUGAGUCUGCUCACGACGAUAACAUCGGGAGUCGAACCGACGACGACGUCCACACCGGCAACGGUGAUGGACGCGCGUGGGGGGAAGUCGAUGACGACGACGUAGACGGACAUGACUACGACGACGGCCUCGCGCAGGAUAUCCUGCGGGACCGCGCGAAAGCACCCCGUCAACCGGGCGCGUCGCUCCUGUCGAGCGGCAGCCCACUCGAGUCAGUUCUGGUCGCUGAGGUCCAGAAAGCAGCGAAGGCCGGGGAGGAGCCCCCAGCCUGGGUCAUCAAGAUGCUCAUGCCAGGCGCCGGCCACCAGAACGACAUAGAGAAGGUGAACCCGAGAUCGCUUGCCCAGGAUCUAGCAGCAGAAAAUAGUUCUAGCAGGCGCACCCCAAGUGUUCCGCAAAUUUCUUCUGCUCAUCAGAACACAACAAUUUCACACAAUACCCCGGACAACCUCAACGCGGUAAACCAAAAACCAAUGAGCCAGCACGACACGAUUCACUUUGAAGGCUACCGACCUUCCGCCUGACCUCAAGCUCGAAGGUCUGCCUCACGAAGAUGUUCCGGAAAAAAUGGCCCUUUACAGAGCACACAUCGGGCUAUUGUCCGCCGACAACGUCUCUCAAAGCACAAUCGAUCACCGUGCAAUCAGACACCUCCCACUUUUCGUACGAGGUACUGCAGCUCAAAGCCUCAGCCUCAUGCUUAGCUCAUCACUCGAAUGGCGACCACCAGCCCAGCUGCAUGCGUUGCGUGCGCGUGGGGAGGCAAUCCGAAUCUCACCUCCGAAAACAUGGAAAGAGUGGGUCACCGCUUUCACUACUUCGUUCGCCCCUGCCAACAGAAUCGCUCUUCUUGCACGUGAUGUCAUGACAUUGGAAGCAAAGAGUAGCGAAUCCGUUGACGAGUUUGCGCUCAGAGUAACCCGCACGUACGCCAGGCUUUUAGCAGAAGCCGAACGCACAGCUC